AAUAAAAUAUCCAAUCGAGCUUGCUCCCUUUUAGGCUAAAUUAUCAUGGAAAAAAAAAAAAAAAAGAAAAAAAAAAAAGGAAAAUUGAGAACUUUUCCAGCGAUUUCCUUUUCUCCUUUAAAAAACCCCAUUCCUGUUUUGGGAGUUUGAGGAUUUCCAAUCUCCAGAAUCCUAGAUCAAUCUCCCAAUUGAUCUAGGGUUAGGUUUCCUCAUUCUUAUUGGGAGAGAUCUAGGGCUAGGGUCAAGAAAAAUCCACAACAAUGUCAGCAAAAUCACCCUCCGGUUACGGCACCAUCCCGGCGGCCACCUCACCAGGCGGACAAACAUCGCCUACCUCUCCGGAGGUCUCGUUCAUUGCUCGCGCCAGGAGAACGACCGAGUCCGUGAUCGCCACUAGCCGUCCAUGGAGCGAGCUCUUCCAAUUCUCCUCCUUCUCUCGUCCUUACAACUAUAACGAAGCCAUGAACCGCAUCAGAUGGAAUGUCAACUACUUUAGAAUCAACUACGCCAUGAUAAUGCUCAUCAUCGUCUUCCUUGGCCUACUGUGGCACCCCAUUUCGAUGAUCGUCUUCUUGGUAAUAUUCAUCGGGUGGUUCUUCCUCUACUUCUUUCGCGAUGGACCCAUUGUGGUAUUCAACCGUACGUUGGAUGACAGAGUCGUGCUAUUAGUGCUGAGUGUGGUGACGAUUGUUGCUCUGGUUCUUACAGAUGUGGGUUUGAAUGUGUUGGUGUCUUUGAUAAUUGGGGUGGUGUUUGUUGGAUUGCACGCGGCUUUUCGAGCGACAGAGGACUUGUUUCUCGACGAAGAGAGUGCCGCCGAAGGUGGGUUGCUCUCGGUCGUCGGGAGUCAGCCACUGCAACCGACUUAUACUCGAAUUUGAAUUUUGUGUGCGUUGCUUUUAUUUAGUUCGUAGAGAAUUCGGGUCUUUUUUCAAGGAGGAUUCAGAGGCAAAAAUGGGUUCUUGGAAGUUCGAUCUGAAGUGGGUCUUUGCCGGACUUUUGUCAAAGGCGGUGUUUUUUUGGUUAUUAAUGUUAUUGUUGGUUUGAACUUUGGAGAAAGUAGAAUUCUUUAUCUUUACCCUUUCAGUGUUUCGAUUAUUUAGUGAGUUGGGUUGGGUUUUGGUGUUUUACCCUCUUGUCUUCCGAACACAUGGUUGUGCUAUUAUUUUUCUUUGCUCUUUUGUGAAUCUAUAGAAUUUUGGUUAUAUUCA